GCCUGGGGGAAGACGACCAGUGGGGGGAGGGCACAGAAAGUCACAACUCUGGUCCCCAUUUUACAGUUAAGGAAACGGAGGCAGGCCCAGGUGAGGUGGAGCCACAAGGCUAGGAAGGGGCUGAGGCUAGAUUCUAGCCGAGGUCUCCCUGGCUCUGGGCACGAUUCCGUUCACUAUCUGGGAGGGGCCGCCUUGGAUAUGGGGCGUUUCUGACGCUGGAGGACACUGGGGGACAGGGGGGACCUCUGAUACUAGGAGACACAGGGAUCGUGACAUUCGGGGGCACUGAGGAAUAGUGGGGGCCUCUGACAUCGGAGGGAACGUUGGGGUGCUGGAGGCGGACGUUGGGGGUCCCUCGCAGGGGGAAGAAGAGGCUGCCGGGAUGAGGAGUUCCUUUCCUGGAGGAUCAAGGAGGUCAAGCGGCUUCUCCACUGUCGGUGUCAGGAUCAACAUUCGAACUCGGGGCCUCUGGCUUCAGUUCUGGCAGCUAAAUCCAUCCGGUGCUCGGACAGGUUCUCGGGGAGCGCCGGGCAUGAACCCCCCUGCGGGCCAGACCCCCCAGCCAGCAGGGCCCCGGGGGAGAAGGACCCGGGGACCCCCAGGACAGGAGCGGGACGUGCGGCUGUCCAAGGCUCUGUCCUAUGCCCUGCGCCACGGGGCCGUGAAGAUGGGGCUGCCCAUGGGCUCAGAUGGCUUCGUGCCCCUGGAUGCCCUCCUCCAGCUGCCCCAGUUCCGAGGCUUCUCCGAGGAGGACGUGUGCCGUGUGGUGGAAACCAAUGAGAAGCAGCGCUUUGCCCUGCGCCCCGGGGCCCCCGGGGCCUGUGCCUGCAUUCGGGCCAACCAGGGCCACUCGCUGCAGCUGGCCGACCUGGAGCUGACACCCCUGAGGACCCCCCAAGACCUGCCCCCCGUCCUGGUCCAUGGGACGUACCGGCGCCACUGGCCCUCCAUCCGGCAGCAGGGUCUGUCCCGGCGAGGGAGGACGCACAUCCACCUGUCCCCUGGCCUGCCUGGGGAGCCCCACGUCCUGAGUGGGAUGCGGCAGAACUGCGAGGUGGCCGUGUUCAUCGACGGGCCCUCAGCCCUGGCCGAGGGAAUCCUGUUCUUCCGCUCGGCCAAUGGCGUGAUCCUGACUCCGGGGGAUGCCAGGGGUUUCUUGCCCCCCAAGUACUUCAAGGAGGCCCUGCAGCUGGGCUCCCCAAGGAGACCUCUUUCUCUGGUUGAAGAGGAGACGGAGGGUCAGAGUGGUCCCCAGGGUGCCUCAGCCAACAACAGAGGGAAGAGCAUUCGGAGUGUCCAACCAUGAAAUAUUUAUUUAUAAAAAGACAAAGGAAAAAAUCCUCCUUUCCA